AGGUGGUUCCAGUCUUCGCAUAUAGGAGUUAUCGUCCAGGAAUAAAUCAAGCUCUCACCCGACCACGGAAUCGCUGCUGGCAGUCAACAUUGUUGGGCGGAUAUAUUCACGAAUUCUACACGACUUCGGAUUUGUGCCUGGAGACUUUUGGCCGUCACUGACUCUUUUAAUCAUACUUCUUAAACACAUUGCAACAUGGCGAACGACGAAUACGAUUUCCUUUUCAAGGUUGUCUUGAUCGGAGAUUCUGGUGUCGGUAAAUCCAACCUGCUUUCGCGAUUCACCCGAAACGAGUUCAACUUGGACAGCAAGUCAACUAUCGGUGUCGAGUUCGCUACCCGCAGCAUCCAGGUCGACAACAAGACCAUCAAAGCGCAGAUCUGGGAUACCGCAGGACAGGAGCGUUACCGUGCUAUUACAUCUGCCUACUACCGUGGAGCUGUCGGCGCACUGCUCGUCUACGAUAUCUCCAAACACCAAACUUACGAGAACGUCACGAGAUGGUUGAAGGAGCUUCGAGAUCAUGCGGAUACCAAUAUUGUGAUCAUGCUGGUGGGCAACAAGAGCGAUUUGAGGCAUCUGCGGGCAGUGCCGACUGAAGAGGCCAAGGAGUUUGCGAGCACCAACUCGUUGAGCUUUAUCGAAACCUCUGCGCUUGACGCGAGCAACGUUGAGCUUGCUUUUCAGAACGAAUUGACGGAGAUCUACCGCAUUGUGUCCAGCAAAGCACUCACGCAAGAGGAGGGAGGUGUCGGACCAAGCACCGGCACUUCAAUUCCUCUGUCCAACCCGCCGGCUGACGCCGCGAAGAAGGGACAAUGCUGCUAGACCACUAAUUCACGCUUACGGAUCAUCGAGUAACGAAUUUCUUUACGCCGAACGAUGUGCAUGUUUGCGAGAGCGAGAUCUGUGGAGGCAACAUGGGGCGUUUGUGGAGUCUGAUACUAUUCCAGGCGCUUUUGGCUGGGCAGGCUUUGAUAGUCCUAGGUAUCGUUUGACAGAGCUUUUUUCCGAAGCAUUCAGAAUACAUUUCCGCGUUGACAUCGCUGCGCCUUGCGCAACAAUUAUGGAAUCGGUAUGGGCA